AUAAGGGUGUACCAGUGUAUGUAUAUGUGUAUAUAUAUACUUCGACCAUCAAAAUCGAGUCCCCACACCCACAGCUCUCUCACACUCUUGCUUCCAUUUGUCUGUAUUUUGACAGAAAGUGAAGAGGAAGAGAGAGAGAGAGGAUAAUUAAUAUCUAGAAGUUGGAAUUCGAAAAUCAGAGAGCGAGGGAGGCGCAGAAUUCGAGGAGGAGGAGGCAAAUGUCUUUUGUAGCAGGUUUGGUGAUCGGAUUAGUCGUCGGAUUAGCUCUGAUUGUUGCUUUCGUUCGCUCCGAAAAUGCCCGAUCUAAGCAGCGCUCCGACCUUGCCGGUACGAUUGCGGCGUUUGCGAGAAUGACGGUGGAUGAUUCGAGGAAGUUGUUGUCGCCGGAGUUUUAUCCAUCUUGGGUUGUGUUCUCGCAGCGCCAAAAGUUAACUUGGCUUAACCUUCACCUGGAAAAGAUCUGGCCGUAUGUCAACGAGGCAGCGUCUGAACUGAUAAAGGCGAAUGUGGAGCCAAUCUUAGAGCAAUAUAGGCCGGUUAUAUUGGCUUCUUUGACUUUUUCAAAGUUCACGCUUGGAACUGUAGCCCCUCAGUUCACAGGUAUUUCUAUUGUUGAAGAUGGAACCGAAGGAAUCACCAUGGAGAUGGAGAUGCAGUGGGAUGGGAACCCAAACAUAAUACUUGAUAUUAAGACUUAUCUUGGUGUUGCUCUUCCUGUGCAGGUGAAAAACAUUGCAUUUACUGGGGUCUUCCGGUUGAUGUUCGGACCACUAGUUGACGAGUUUCCUUGCUUUGGAGCUGUUUGCUUCUCACUACGUCAAAAGAAAAAGCUGGAUUUUACACUUAAAGUUAUUGGAGGAGAUCUAUCAACAAUACCCGGCCUUUCUGAUGCCAUUGAGACUACUAUAAGGGAUGCUGUCGAAGAUUCUAUUACAUGGCCAGUUCGUAAAGUUAUCCCUAUAUUGCCUGGAGAUUAUAGUGACCUUGAACUGAAGCCUGUUGGAAUUCUGGAGGUAAAGCUUGUGCAAGCAAAAGACUUGACAAAUAAAGACAUUAUAGGGAAAUCUGAUCCUUUUGCUGUCUUGUAUGUUCGGCCACUGCGCGACAGAAUGAAGAAGGGCAGGACAAUUAACAACCAGUUGAACCCAGUCUGGAAUGAACAUUUCGAGUUUGUAAUUGAAGACGCUUCAACUCAACACUUGGUGGUUAAAAUUUACGACGACGAAGGUCUUCAGGCAGCGGAACUAAUUGGAUGUGCUCAAAUUCGGCUAUCUGAGCUUCAGCCUGGCAAAGUGAAGGAUGUGUGGCUGAACUUGGUCAAAGAUUUGGAGAUUCAAAGGGACAAUAAAAAUAGGGGUCAGGUGCAACUGGAGCUUCUUUAUUGCCCUACUGGAAUGCAAAAUGGCUUUACGAAUCCGUUUGCCAAGAAGUACACCGAGACUUCACUGGAGAAGGUCUUUAAUAGCGGGGCAGAGGGGAGAGAUGUAGUUGAAAAUGGUGAUAAAAAGAGAGAUGUUAUAGUAAGAGGUGUACUUUCUGUUACUGUCAUAUCUGCUGAAGAUUUGGCACCGACUGACUUGAUGGGGAAGGCUGAUCCUUAUGUGGUGGUCACUUUGAAGAAAACCGAAUCGAAAAACAAAACCAGGGUUGUGAAUGAAAGUUUAAAUCCUGUCUGGAAUCAAACUUUCGAUUUCGUUGUUGAGGAUGGAUUGCAUGAUAUGCUAAUUAUAGAAGUGUGGGACCACGACACGUUUGGGAAGGAUUAUAUGGGAAGAUGUAUCUUAACAUUAACAAGAGUUCUAUUGGAAGGUGAAUAUAAAGAUGCAUUUCCUCUGGAUGGUGCUAAAUCAGGAACAAUUAACUUGAAUCUCAAGUGGAACCCACAACCGAUUUACCGGGACUCGUCCUAGUCAACUGUUUUGUGGCUUAUAUUUAUACAUUACUCCGGCUAUAUAGAUGCAUACAGAGAGCAUAUUCAAAUUCUUCCCAGUGACAUCGAUCGGCCUACAUUUAUCUAGUAAUGUGAUUGUAAAAGUGAUUUUUGUGUAUGUAAGACUUCUGUGUAUAUACUUAUUCGAGCAAUAGACAGUUAAGUUGCGGAAAUGUUGAAGUAGAUACCGGAGUAAAGUCGGGACAAGUUUUACGUACAAUAAUCAAAUUUGCUUCAUGGA